GCCGGAUUCCCUUGCCAGCAAACGUGACGUCUCUGCCUCCAUGCGUGGCGCCCCCGCCUACCUUUUGGAAGCGUCCAAUGGCGGUGCGGGGCACUUUGUCCUUCCACCUCCCAUAGUGUGUGCGUACCAAUAGCGCUGUGCCGCCGCUCUGGCUUGCUGUAAGUGUUACCUGGCCGGGGCUGUCAGGCACUUACUGAGGUACGUUGUGUCAGUCACGGGAGGAGGCUAUAGACUCAGGCGGCAAUCACGAGGGCUACUCGGGACCCGGAGACGUCAGGAAUACGUCCCAAGCACCGGAACUUCGCCAGGAACCCCGGGCAGUGCUGCUGGGAGCCGGCAUGUUUCUCUACGUUAAACACAGACCUUGCCAUUUCAGUGGGUUAUUAAGGAAGCAUUAGCUAAUACCGGCGAUACUGUAGCCUUGCUUAGACUGUAACAAUACCUCGCUGCAAUAGGAGCUGUUCUCAGGGGCUCAUUGGGUCGGGUCGGCCGGUUUCUAUGUAUAUGAUGCAUCGCUAAAGGAAACAGAGCCGGGGCCAGUGUGCUGGCAGGACACCCGCUUUUGUUGCAGAGGAGUGGACUAAAGCAGAAUGGAAACUGACUCCAGGGCAUUUUUGGCCUUUAUUCCUGUGGAAGGGAUGACCUGUAACUCCUGUGUCCAGACAAUUGAACAAAAGAUUGGAAGCAUCAACGGUGUCCACAGUAUUAAAGUGUCUUUAGAAGGAAAAAAUGCUGCCAUUAUUUAUGAUGCUAAGCUUCAAACCCCAAAAGCCCUACAGGAAGCUGUUGAGGACAUGGGCUUCGAGUCUACCCUUAGUUAUGCAAACCCUCAGCCAGUGCCUAUGGACAGCACCUUUCUCCGUCUUUCAGCCGAGCAGUCAGCUGAACAAAUACGCAGUGGCCUUUCACAAUUUAAAGGGGUUCUGGACGUUAAAACUUCUCUUGAAGGGAAAGUGGCCUGUGUGACUUUCAUACCUUCUGUGGUUAACCCAGGACUGCUAAUUCAGAAAAUUCCCGGACUAAGCCUAGAUUCUAUGGCCUCGAAGAAGACCACUUCAGGUUCUGUUGAAAGCAGGUCUUCCGUAGCUAGUGAUGUCCUGGUGAAAAUGAAAAUAGAAGGGAUGACCUGCCAUUCUUGCACUAGCACCAUUGAAGGCAAGGUGGGGAAACUUAAAGGAGUGCAAAGAAUCAAAGUGUCUUUAGACAGCCAAGAAGCCCAAAUUUUAUAUCAACCACACCUUAUUAAACCUGAAGAUAUCCGGACCCAAAUUGAGGAAGCUGGGUUUAUAGCUCAAAUUAAAAGCAAGCCCCCUCAAAAACUGGGAGCCAUUGAUAUUGAGCGGUUGACAAAUACACAGACCAACAGUAAUGGGGACUUACCACAGAAAAUACCAAAGCAUCAAAAUGACCUCAUCAGAGCCAUCUUCCAAAUCGAAGGCAUGCACUGUAAAUCCUGUGUUGUGAACAUUGAAAGUAACAUAGGUUCACAACAUGGGGUAUCUAGCAUUGAAGUUUCAUUGGAGAAUAAGUUAGCUGUUAUACAUUUUUAUUCAAAUAUCACUACUUCUGAUGCACUCAUUCAGGCAAUAGAAGCUCUGUCACCUGGCACAUUUAAAGUAAGUCUUUGCAAUCAUCCUGAGCUUGCAGAGACAUUCAGCAUGCAGAAGAAUUCAGAAGCCUCUUGUGCCAAGGAAAUAUUUUCUAGUCCAUCCAACCAGGACUUUUGCUCCAAAGUAACAGUGAUAAACAUUGAAGGCAUGACUUGCAUGUCCUGUGUCCAGUCCAUUGAGGGGCUCAUCUCUAAGAAGCCAGGGGUAAAAUCAAUACAAGUCUCCUUGGUUAACAAUAACGGCACUGUGCAGUAUGAUCCAGCCGUUACCAGCCCUGAAGAUAUAAGAGCAGCUAUAGAAGAUAUGGGAUUUGAUGCCUCCCUCCUUGCAAAUACUGGGCAAGCAGAUGCAUUUACAUCAGAAGCCUCGCAGAAACCUUUCCUCAAUUCCCUUCUUCCUAAAGAACGUACCAACAAAGAAACUCCUGUCCACAGUAAACCGGAAAAAAGGACUGUGAACAAAUGCUUUAUCCAAAUCACUGGAAUGACCUGUGCCUCCUGUGUUGCAAACAUUGAAAGGAAUCUCCGCAGAGAAGAAGGGAUCUAUUCUGUGCUUGUUGCCCUGAUGGCUGGCAAGGCAGAGGUAAGGUAUAACCCAGAGGUUUUACAGCCCUCAGGCAUUGCAGAACUCAUCCAGGAACUUGGAUUUGAAGCCUCUGUCUUGGAAAACUAUGAUGAUGGAACAGGCAUUUUAGAGUUAUUGGUGAGGGGAAUGACCUGUGCCUCCUGUGUGCAUAAGAUUGAAUCCCGCUUGAUGAAAACAAAAGGAGUGUUGUACAGUUCAGUGGCACUUGCAACCAAUAAAGCUCACAUUAAAUUUGAUCCAGAGGUUAUUGGCCCAAGGGAUAUUAUGAAGAUAAUAAAUGAUCUAGGCUUUAGCACAUCUUUAGUUAAAAAAGACAGAUCUGCAAGCCACCUGGAUCACCGAGUGGAAAUACAAAGGUGGAAACGCUCCUUCUUAAUCAGCCUCAUUUUCUGCAUUCCUGUAAUGGGACUUAUGGUACACAUGAUGUUCAUGGAGAAUCACUAUCUAAUGCCUCACCACCAUAACAUGACUAUGGAAGAUAUAGCAUCUUACCAUCCUACCAUGGUCUUGGAAUACCAAAUCAUCCCUGGAUUAUCCAUCAUGAAUCUGGUUUCUCUUCUCUUAUGUAUUCCAGUACAGUUUUUAGGGGGCUGGUAUUUCUACAUUCAAGCUUACAAGGCACUGAAGCACAGGACAGCCAACAUGGAUGUGCUUAUAGUCCUUGCCACCUCUGUUGCUUUCAUCUAUUCAUUGAUCGUCCUUAUUGUUGCAAUAUUUGAGAAAUCCAAAGUGAACCCAAUUACGUUCUUUGACACCCCACCAAUGCUGUUUGUGUUCAUUGCUCUGGGCCGCUGGCUUGAGCAUAUUGCCAAGAGCAAAACUUCAGAAGCACUUUCACGUUUAAUAUCUUUACAAGCUACUGAAGCAACUGUUGUAAUACUGGACCCAGACAACACUGUCAAAAGCGAGGAGCAGGUGGAUGUGGAACUGGUGCAGCGUGGAGAUAUUGUUAGGGUGACACCAGGAGGAAAGUUCCCUGUGGAUGGGAGAGUUAUUGAAGGGCAGUCUAUGGUUGAUGAAUCUCUAAUCACAGGAGAAGCGAUGCCUGUGUCCAAGAAACCAGGGAGCAGUGUUAUUGCUGGAUCAAUUAAUCAGAAUGGGUCCUUGCUCAUUGCUGCUACUCAUGUUGGGUCAGACACUACUCUCUCCCAGAUUGUAAAGCUUGUGGAAGAUGCACAGACAUCCAAGGCCCCAAUCCAGCAGUUUGCAGAUAAACUCAGUGGCUACUUUGUCCCCUUCAUUGUUGCCGUGUCAGUUCUCACCUUGUUUGUCUGGAUUAUAAUUGGAUACCACAACUUUGAAAUUGUUGAGAAAUACUUUCCUGGCUACAACAAGAGUAUAUCAAAAGGAGAAGUGAUUGUCCGUUUUGCCUUUCAAGCUGCCAUCACAGUCUUGUGUAUUGCUUGCCCCUGCUCACUUGGUUUGGCAACCCCAACUGCAGUGAUGGUCGGCACAGGGGUGGGUGCGCAGAAUGGCAUACUGAUUAAAGGAGGAGAACCAUUGGAGAUGGCGCACAAGGUAAAGACUGUAGUGUUUGAUAAGACUGGUACCAUUACUAAGGGGACUCCUGUUGUCAUGCAAGUGAAGGUGUUGGUGGAGAGUAACCGGAUGCCUUCAAACAAGCUGCUAGCAAUUGUAGGGACAGCAGAGAGUAACAGUGAACACCCGCUAGGUUCUGCUGUCAUAAAGUACUGCAAAGAGGUGUUGAAUGCAGAGACCCUGGGUACGUGCUAUGACUUUCAGGCAGUUCCUGGUUGUGGAAUCAGCUGUAAAGUGAACAACAUUGAGCCACUCCUGCAUGCUGCAAAUGGCCCAGAUAACAAGAGGAAUGCAGUGUUAGUGCAGAUUGAUGGACAGCACGAGGACUCCAUUCUGCCCUCCAUCACAGUCUCCCAGAAUCCAAGCAAUGGUUCCUCUCCACCCCAAACAUAUUCAGUCCUUAUUGGUAACCGUGAGUGGAUGAACAGGAACUUUCUGACCCUGACCGCAGAGACGGAUAGCCUCAUGACUGAACAUGAGAAGAAAGGACGCACAGCAGUACUGGUAGCAGUAGAUGGAGUGCUGUGUGGAUUGAUUGCCAUUGCUGAUACUGUAAAGCCUGAAGCUGCUUUAGCUAUACAUUCCUUGCGAUCUAUGGGUUUGGAUAUUGUUCUUAUGACUGGAGACAACAGCAAGACUGCCAAAACAAUUGCAGCACAGGUUGGCAUAACCAAGGUGUUUGCUGAAGUUCUUCCCUCACACAAAGUAGCUAAAGUAAAGCAACUGCAGGAACAAGGGACUCGGGUGGCUAUGGUAGGAGAUGGGAUCAAUGACUCUCCAGCUCUUGCUAUGGCAGAUGUGGGAAUUACCAUUGGCUCUGGUACUGAUGUAGCCAUAGAAGCUGCAGAUGUGGUUUUGAUAAGGAAUGAUCUGCUAGAUGUGGUGGCCAGCAUUGAUUUGUCUCGCAAGACUGUGAAAAGAAUCCGAAUAAAUUUUGUCUUUGCUCUAAUCUACAACCUUGUUGGAAUCCCAAUAGCUGCAGGUGUGUUCAUGCCAGUAGGGUUGAUUUUGCAGCCAUGGAUGGGAUCAGCUGCUAUGGCUGCUUCCUCUGUUUCUGUUGUCUUUUCUUCUUUGUUGCUUAAACUGUACCGUAAGCCGAGUCGUGAGAAACUUGAGCAGCGGGUCCAGGGCCAGAUGAGACAGAAGUCACUUUCCGACAUUAGUGUUCAUAUUGGACUCACGGAAAACAGGAGAACUUCCACCAAGCUGGACCUUCUGGAUCGCAUUGUCAACUACAGCCGAGCGUCUCUGAAUUCCUUUUUGUCUGACAAACAUUCCCAGCACAGCAUCCCACUGAGUGAGCCAGACAAACAUUCCCUGCUCCUGGGGGAACUGAAGGGUGAGGAGGACACGUUCCUAUGAACGACGGAUGGAACCUUCAGCUGAAGAAACUUUCUCUUUCACUGUGCUGAAACCUCUAUGCAGGUUUUUCCAAACAGCAGCUAGGAUCCCAAACCAUUGUCCAACUAAUGAGAUUCCUAUGAGGGAUGCAAAAGUUUCCCUUGGGAUACUGAGUACCUUAAACCGGUGCCUCCUGUAACCUAUUGUAGAAAAUGGACACCAUGCACCUAAGGUACCUAGUGUUCCUUUCACCUUUCAGGCAAGGAGUAGGCGGACAGGGAUGCAGAAACCUGUUAUUUGUGCCUUAUUGCCAUUGGAUAAUUAUUCAUCCAUUUCAUAGCACUGGACAUCUGGCAGUAAAAUAAAUUAGCCUUUGAGUAUUUUAUUUUUAUAUGAGAUAAAGGCCUGUAUAGUGAUCUUAUAUGUUCUGAUUAGCAUUCUGAUUCCAUUCCUCCCCCCACCCCAAAGAGAAUAUCCUAUUAGCCUUUGCUUCCAGCUGCUGCACUGCACACUUUUGCUAUUGAGAUUUAUUGGGCGACUCCGACCUCACUGAACAAAAAUUUUUAUUCAGGGCAACGGGGUGAGGUUCUUUUCUGUUUGUGGCCUUGGUUCCUAAUUCACAGAUUUCUUAUUUAUUUGGGAAGUUCCCCAGUUGAGCCCAAAUAGCCUUGAUUGUGACAAGCCCUUCCUUACUAGAACACGUGAAUUGCGUAUGCCAUAUGUACCUUAUGCACUUAUUGGCCGAAGAGAUCUUUCCAAUCAUUUCUUCCAUGGAAUGAAGUCUGCAGUAUCUGCCAGCCAUACACUAACCUUGCAGCAGCAUCUCCACGUGGGAAACUGUGAGGAUGAAAAUGAAAAUGCACGCUUUGCUGAAAUAGAAAAAGAAAUAAUAAUGAAGGAGGUUAUUUUGUUGAUUCUUUCAGUCCAUAAACCAUUGGGCUUGCAGACCUUGGGAUUAAUAGACUGUAGCACUGUUGAUUUUGGUAGGUCUGCUCGCCUGCCGUGUGACUGAGAUAAUAAAGGGCAGUGGUUCCCAGCCUGCAUCCUUGGGCUAUUACAGAUGGUCAGCUGAACCAAAAACACAAUGCCUUCCAACUUUUGCUGAACUUCCACUCCCAUCAUCCUCUGUGUUUGGCUUGAGCACAUGAUGUGUGCAACUAGAGCAUGCUGGGAAUCACUGCCUAUCAAAUGUCAGCAUUGGUUUCCUGAUAAAAUGAACCUCAGGUUGGCCAUAAGGGUAUUAAAAGAAAUAUUAAAUUCACUGCACACCUAUCAGUUGUGCCUGCAGAAAUGUCACGGUCAUGUCCUUUAUUGAGGCUAUUACUAGGUUCAGAUAGCAAUGCCUCCUGUAUACCAGAGCCACUCACAGGCAGGGCGCUAAUAUUGCUCCCAUUCCUGACUAGGCCUGAUAUCCUGCAGAGCACAGUAAAGGCCAAACUGCAGGAGCCAAGGACUCGGCAAUCCAGUGAUUCUGUAUGACUGUACAUGGCUGAUAUGUAGCUACAGUGGCCCAAUGUUAAUGUUGCGCUCACAGCACUACAGGGAAUAACUGGCGCCUCAGCAGUCGUGGUUGCUGCGCCUCUGAAUGUGACACUUAUCUCUGUUAUUCACUUAUUCAUUGUACCUCCGUUUAUAUUUAUUUCCUUUUAUGGUAAAAUAUAGAAACUUGUGUGAAAAUAAUACAAAGAGAGGUUUUUACUCUGUUCUGUAAAAUAAUGUUGUCAAUUGGUCUGAGCGGAGUUGCAUGGAGAUUACAGACGAGCGCUUCUGAUAAUAAUGUUACGUGUUUACAUGCAAAUUUCAUAUAAAUUGGAUUGUGCCAUCUAA